AUUACCCUCAAAAGAGAACAUAGCGUAAUGAGCAGAGAAAAAAAAGGUAGAGAUAGGAUCAUAGGAAUGGAGGCAGCAACAAUAAAACCAGUGAUCAAUGUCGCAGCUCUCUGUGGCUCACUUCGCAAGAAUUCCUACAACAGAGGCCUCCUUCGAUCAGCAAUGAAGAUAUGUUCGGAAUCGAUUGAAGGUAUGAAAAUUGAGUACAUUGAUAUUUCGCCAUUGCCGAUGAUCAACACUGAUCUCGAGGUCGGAGGUACUUAUCCACCCGUUGUUGAAGCGUUUCGUCAGAAGAUUCUAGAAGCUGAUAGUGUUCUCUUUGCUUCUCCUGAGUACAAUUACUCUGUCACUCCUCCUUUAAAGAAUGCAGUAGAUUGGGCAUCUCGACCACCAAAUGUUUGGGCAGAUAAGGCUGCUGCAAUUAUAAGUACUGGAGGAGGUUUUGGUGGGGGUCGAGCCCAGUAUCAUUUGAGGCAAAUUGGAGUGUAUCUCGAUCUUCACUUCAUCAACAAGCCGGAAUUUUUCUUGAAUGCAUUUCAACCACCUGCCAAAUUUGAUAGUGACGGUAACUUGAUUGAUGCAGAAGCCGAAGAAAGGAUAAAGAAAGUUCUUCUAGCAUUACAGGCAUUUACAGUACGGCUCAAAGGCAAAUGCUGAGCAUCAAAUUCAAAUGUCCUCAUUACGGGAAAUCUUUAUGAAAUGGCAAAUGGGGGACUGAGAUUGACAUAAUUAGAUGCAUUUAGAAGUCAUAAUGUGUUCUUCUUCAUUCAACUGAACUCAUCUGUAAACAUAUGAUGGUGAUGCAUUGUAUCAUGAGAGUUAAUUCAUUGGAUGCCUUCUAGUCUCUAGAUGCAAUUCAAUAUCCAAUUGUCUUCUAGUCAGGACUAUGCAAACUUAGAUGAUUGCUUUAGACCAAGAGACUUUGUGAUUAACUAUUCCCUCCAUCUUUUAAAGAUCUUUUUUAUGUAUAGGAGAUAAA